GCGGCGGCGCACAGGUCUAGGGAUUUCGAGAGCCUUCGUCUUCGCAAACGGCUAGCUCGACCGUCGAUGGAGUGGUCGACGGCGUCAAAAGUUAUAAUCAAAACGUUUGCGAUUCAUUUUAUGAAAAUGGCUUUUGUUUAUUAUUUUAGUUUCGCAAUUUAUUGAUAAAGCCACGAGUGGCCGAUUCGUUGCAGCACUCGGCGCCUCCGACCACGGAAGCAGAGCUGGCAGAGCGUUGCUGAGCGCCCCCAGAAAUUGACUCCAUUGGUACUCGCCACCCCUGGCACGCUGGCCCACGUCGUGCGCUGGCCGGGCAUUACCGGGCGCCAUGGGUCAAAAACAGCCUCGCUAUGGCAAGCGGAAGCUUCGGAAAUCCCUCAUUGAAAAUACUCGCCGCAGUCGGCCAUCGGGGACCUCUACCGACGUACGGAAGCACACCCUAACAGAUGCUGUCCACCCAGAUCUGCCAGCUGCCCAAAGACAUGCCCCUGCACUGGAUUGUGGCAGUGGCAUCAGCCUCUUCGGUGGUGACGUCCCUACUGCCAGCAGCCCGGGCGACAAAGGGACCUUCCCACCAAAAGCGCCCAAGGGCCUCCAGUUCAAAUGCGGUUUCUGCUUCUACAUCACCAAGGACCAGCAUGGAAUGGUCAGCCACCUAAUUCACCAUGCGGAGGGACGGCGGCUCGAGUGCCAACACUGUCCCCAGCUUCCUUCAGGUUGGGGAAGUGCCUGCUCGAAGGACGUCUGCUGCCUUCUGGAAACCACAACCAACAAUCUCUUCAAAUGCUGUUUGUGCACCCACUUCGCUGGGGAUCAGCGUGAAAUUCUCAAUCACCUCUUCCUUCGUUGUGAUGAACGACUUAAGUGCCAGCAAUGUUCAAAAUCCUUUUCCAAAGCAGAAGACUUGAGGUACCACGCAGAGAUUCACAAGCCAGAAAGAACUUGCGAGUAUCAACUGUGGUAACAGCCUUUCAGGAACAUGGUCAUCUGGUAAAUAACAUUCCUGCCAAUGAAGGUAAAAAACCCUUUCAAAUGCCAGGAAUGCCCCAAAGCAUUUGCCAAAGUGAUGUUGUACAGCCACAUGCAAACCCACACCGGUGAGCAGCCUUUCCGAAACCAGGAAUGUCCCAGAGCAUUUUCUCGUCGAAGUAAGACGAGUUGCGACUUUUGAAGCAACAGAGAUGAGAAGCCCUACAGAUGCAAGCUGUGUCCACAAGCCUUUGCUCGUAGUGGGAAGUUGAGGCAGCACAUUCAGAUGCACACAAGUGAGAGACCUUACAAAUGUGAACAAUGUCCCCAAGCCUUUAGUCGUAGCGCGAGGCUAAGGUAGCACAUUUAGAAGCACACAGGUGAGAGACCUUACAAAUGCAAGCAAUGUCCCUGAACCUUUUUACCGAAGUGAGAAUCUGACGGAGCACAUUCGAAUUCACACAGGUGAGAGACCCAACAAACGCAAGCAGUGUUCGCAAACCGUCAUUGAUGGUGGUGCACUAAAGCAGCACAUUCGAAGGCACACGGGUGAAAGACCUUACAAAUGUAAUCAAUGUCCCAAGCCCUUCGCCAGAGCUAUGGGGUCUUGCAGCUCAUUGGUACACACAGAGGUGAGAGACCUUACAAAUGCACGCAGUGUCCUUAAUCCUUUAGCGCACUUGGCACCCUGACGUAGCACAUUCAAACACACACAGGCAAGAAACCUUACAAAUGUGAGCAAUGUCCCCAAGCUUUUAAUUACCGUGAUUUGCUGACCCACCACAUUCGAAUGCACACUGGCGAGAGACCGUACAAAUGCGAGCAGUGUUACAAAACCUUUAGUCUAAAACACACCUUGACAUGUCACAUUCGAAAGCACACAGGGGAGAAAACUGAGAGCACCGUCCUGAAGUCUUCACUUGAGCAAGAAGCUUACGGGGUACAUUUGAAUGAACACAAGUGAGAGAUCUUACAAAUCUGUGCAAUGUCCCAAGGUGCACGUGAGAACCUGACGUAGCAGAUUCAGAUGCGUUGUGUCGGCAGUUCAGAAAAUUUUUUUUUUUUGCAGUGCUAUUUUUUAGACAUGUGAAGGUGCGUGAGGAGCAGAGGCAUAAGUUUAGCAGCUGGUUGGAAAUGAUCCAAAUAGCAAAUGCCCUUCAUUGACUUGCGUCUGAUCAAUAUCGGUGUUAUUCAUCUGAAGGAACUGGGCCUUGUUGGCUUCUGCUAUAUCCAGGGUUUUCUAAUUUGUGUGGAAGGAACUGUUACAUAUAAUAAACAUGUUUACAAACUCAG